AUGCCAAACAGCUGUUUAAAUUCGCUCUAUGUGAAAGAACGAAACUCUAUUGCCAUUAGUAACGCACCAAAAACACUACUGACACGACGACAGCUACAUCGACAAGCCUCGCCAUCACCGACUCCUCAAUUCAUGACUGUACGGGUAAAAGCCUUACCGUUACGAGUAGCCCCAGGGAAAUCGGUCUCAGAGCUGUAUAAGUUCUCCUUGAAUACCACGCUCGUGUUUUCAUCAUCGAUAUCGUACCGCCUCCAGCCGGUGUCUCAGACUGUGCAAUCAACAUCGCCAUUGCUGACGCGAAUUGGUAGAGGAUGCGUCAUACCUCAUCCAGAGUCGUUCUCAUGCGCCUACGGUGCCGCGGAGUGGUCUGCAUUGAAAGAAACCAACCUGUUGGUCCAUCCGAUCGUCAAAGUGAAUCUCAUAGGCACCAUUAAUUCCAGUGGUGGGAUCAUUGUGAUUACGGGCAGUUUGACGGCACCCUCGCCCGAACAAGUCAUGCCAGUUUAUUCUGCGACUAAGGCGCUUGUGAACUUCUUCAGCAGGGCUUCCAACAGGCCGUACUACGGUCCGUACAAAGUGAACCGUAACGGUCACGUGUUCAGUACAAACGUACCGAGUUCUUACAAUACGUACACCUACCUCUCCUCCUCCCUGUCGUACGAACGUACACAAAAUCUCACCCGUACAGGCCUCAAAAUCGCCCAAUCGUACAGUACUACGCCUCACCAACCCUUCCUUACCAUAACAUCUCCAUCAAUGACGUCGCCUCUCUGCGGUUGCUUCCAAUAUGUUGCCUCCGGAACUAGUAGGCGCGUUUAUUCAACUCGGUAUCCAAACUGA